GACGGAAACCCUGCCCAGGAUGCUACUAUGGUAGCCCCGACGCGACUUCUACGCGCAUCAUGGUCGCCCACGCUCCGCCUGCCAAAAUCGACCUUCCCACCACGUCCAUUGCCCGCAUUCACCGCCGAAUACCUCCGCCGAUGCACCGAUGAGCACUAUGCCUGGCAGCAAAGCGCGCGCUCGGCGCCCGAUGCGAACGGAAAGACGCCUGCAACUUUCACGCUGCACGACGGGCCACCCUACGCCAAUGGCCCGCUGCACGUUGGCCAUGCGCUGAACAAGAUCACAAAAGACCUCAUCUGUCGCUUCCAAGUCGGGCAGGGCAAGAAAGUGAGCUACAUCCCAGGUUGGGACUGCCAUGGUCUGCCCAUUGAGAUCAAGGCGUUGCAGGCGCAGAAGAAAGACCUAACACAGACGGAUCCUGUGGGUGUGCGGGAGGCGGCGAAAGAGCUGGCUGAGACCACGAUUGAGAAGCAGAAGCAGGGUUUCAAGGAGUGGGCUGUCAUGGGCGAUUGGGACAAUGCAUAUAAGACGAUGGAGAAGGGCUUCGAGAUCAGACAGUUGGAGGUGUUCAAGAAGAUGUUUGAUGCGGGACUGAUCUAUCGGCAGUUCAAACCCGUAUACUGGUCGCCGUCGUCGCGCACUGCGCUUGCAGAAGCAGAGCUGGAGUACGACGAGAACCACAAGUCUCUGGCGGCAUUUGUGCGGUUUCCGGUACAGGUUGACAAGCAGCUGAAGGAGGACGCUCUCUCAAGCAUUACUGAGUCGGUCAGCGUGGUCAUCUGGACAACUACGCCUUGGACUCUCCCCGCGAAUCGAGCUAUUGCCGUGCACAAAGACAUGAUGUACUGUGUGGUGCAGGAUCCCGAGAAAGAUAAUGAGAAGAUCAUCAUCGCGGCCUCGCGUGUGGAGGAAUACCAGAAGAUACUGGGGCGCGACCUAACCGUUGUGCUGUCCGAGCUUCGGGGUUCAGACCUGGCUGGCCAUCUCAAUUAUGAGAACCCUUUUCAGAAGGCGAAUGGGUUGCAGCCAAUAAUCCACGCGGACUUUGUGACAGACUCAUCGGGAACUGGACUUGUUCAUAUAGCCCCAGGGCACGGCAUGGAUGACUAUCACGCAUGCAGCGCGCUUGGUAUCGAUGCAUUUGCCCCCGUGGACGAUGCUGGCGCAUUUACGAAGGAAGCCUUUCCUGAGCAACCCGAGCUCCUCGAGGGUCUCGCCGUCUCAGACCUGAAGAAGACCGGUAGCAACGCCAUCCUGAAUCAUCUCGACAAGCUGAACCUUUUGCGAGCAAAGCACAAUUACCGCCACAAGUACCCCAUCGAUUGGAGAACGAAACAGCCAGUCAUUGUGCGGGCGACUGCACAGUGGUUUGCCAACGUCGAUAGCAUCAAAGACAGCGCUAUGAAAGCCAUCGAGAAUGUCAACUUCAUGCCCGCAACUGGUCGCUCGCGAUUGGAGAGCUUCAUUCAAGGGCGUAGCCAAUGGUGCAUCUCGCGACAACGCGCGUGGGGUGUGCCGAUUCCUGCUUUGUACAAAGUCAACAAGGACGGUCAGUCGGAAGCCGCUAUGGACGCAGAGAUCAUUCAGCACAUCAUUGAUGUUAUCAAACAGCGCGGUAUCAAUGCUUGGUGGACAGAUGCUCAAGACGAUCCCGCUUGGAAACCUACGCACCUUACUGGGUCAUAUGUGCGCGGAACAGACACUAUGGAUGUAUGGUUUGACAGCGGCACUUCAUGGUCCAUGCUCCCACCGCGAGAUGAUCAGCCUGUCGCUGAUGUGUAUUUCGAAGGCACUGACCAGCACCGUGGGUGGUUUCAAUCUUCUCUAUUGACCCACGUUGCAACCCAGCCCUUCGGGAAUGACUCCGUUCAAGCGCCCUACAAGACACUCAUUACGCAUGGUUUCACGCUCGAUUCGGAUGGCCGAAAAAUGAGCAAGAGCUUGGGGAAUGUCAUCAGCCCCGCACAGAUUAUGUCCGGCGAGCUGCUGCCUCCGGUCAAGCGAAAAAAGCAGAAAGGUGUCAAACAAGCGGACCUCGUAAACGCUGCUGCUACCUACGAUGCUAUGGGAUCUGAUGCAUUGAGACUCUGGGUGGCGAGCAGCGAUUACACAAGAGAUGUCACUAUUGGCCAACCUGUCCUCAUGUCUGUGAACCAAGCUCUGCACAAAUACCGAGUCACCUUCAAAUGGCUUCUUGGCGUUCUGUCCUUGCCGUCCUGCCCACCUCUCUACAGCUCUUUCAGCGAAGUGCGCAAUGAACUCGUUGGGCAACAUGAUCUCGAAGCAUCACAGGCACCCCUGAAGAACCUCGCAGAUAGGCUCGCAGUGCAUCGACUUACUCAAGUCAGCCACGACGUUCACGGCUACUACAGCAAGUAUGAGUUCUUCAAAGGCGUCAACCUGAUCAACAGAUACAUCGCCAACGACCUGUCUGCCUUCUACUUCGAGACGCUCAAAGACCGCAUCUACACAGGCUAUAAAGUAGACUGCCAAGAACUGCAGAAAGUUCUCGGUCUCAUCUUCUACGAACUACUGCAGAUGCUCGCACCAGUGUGCCCACUCCUAGUCGAAGAAGCUUGGGGCCACGCACCCGAAGCGCUCAAAAGUAACAGUGUGCACCCCGCGCGAGCGACCUGGACGCCGCUCCCGCGCGCAGAUCCGCAAACCCAGACUUUCAUGACCGAAACGCAAACCUACAUCGACCGCAUCAAUACCGCCAUAAAAGUAGCACAGGAGCGCCUUCGCAUGGAGAAAAGGCUCGGCUCGUCGCUGGAGUCCGCUGUUGCCAUCUAUAAUGACUCAGGGUCGCACUGCCCGUGGUUCACCAAUCACUUCUCGGAGGCCUUUACUGGCGACGUCACGCAGGCGGGACCGGAAGCCCUAAACGUUUCGCAACGUGAUGAGCUAGCAGCCUUGUUCGUUGUAAGCCACGUUGAUCUGAGUUGGAAUGCAGUGAUCAAGGAAAAGGUUGACAGUGAUGUGGAAAAACAGACAUUUGUAGCUGACGAGGCGAAAGGAUGGGGCGGGGAGGUUGCUGUGUAUUCAGCGCCUGCGGAGAAGUGUCCGAGGUGCUGGCGAUACCAGAAGGAGAAGCACAAUGAGUUGUGCGGGAGGUGUGAGGAGGUGAUUAGGGAGGAGGCGUAAUGUACAACUAUAUUGUAAGUUUUGUAUCUGUGUAUAGUAGUGAGUCCUUGAGCAUUGCAUGGCGUUACCACAUUUUGUAUCAUACACAAUCACCUUUCACUCAGAAGAUUAUGCCAAG